CUCCUCUCCUCCCCUCCGCUUGGCUGCCUUAUCAUCGCUUCCUUGUUGCCAAACCUGCAAAGACAGGGCUGUACUGAAUGCAGCGUAAUUUUGACCCAUGUUCCAUUAGCCGAGCAGCCCUGAGGGCAAGACACUUCCGCGCUGGACUGUAAUGCUACACUGUCCUCCAAUUCAUCCUCAACCGCUAUGGAUCUGUACCCUUAGUGCGCUGCCGCUGCCUCAUCCAACACGGCGUAAUCUGCAGUCACCUGCGACUCCGAUAGGCAAUCAAUAUUGAUAGAGUAUUUAUAAGGAUUACAGCCAUUAGGCAACACGUCGCGGGGGAAAGGCUGGAAAUAUGAAGCGCUGUCAACAUGUCUAAGGCCACUGUCAAGAAGCUGCACUGGCGCUCAAAAGUCCAGGAGAGCUUCGUCCCACUGGGCGGAGCCUCGGGAGAGCUGGGUGUGGCCAUUGGGGGCGGUGCAGAUUAUGGAGAGUUCCCAUUUGUUACAGCAGCACCUGGAGGUGGAGCCACAGUUGGUGACAUCAUUCUUGAGAUUGGGGGUACACCUGUCCUUGGAUUAACCUUAGGAGAUGUCAGAGGGGUUCUGAAUUCAUGUCCACAUCCCAUUCGGAUCAAAACAGUCUCACCAGGUUCAACUCUUUGUAAAGAUUUGAGACUUUACCUAAGCAAGUGUUUUACACCUGGAUCCAUGGACAGCCAACUCCAACAGGUCAUACGAGAAAACCUCUACCUGCGGGCCGUACCCUGUACAACCAGGCAGCCACGGGAUGGAGAAAUCUCAGGGGUGGAUUAUAACUUUGUGUCUAUUGAGGAAUUCUUCUCCCUGGAGGAGUCUGGAGCCCUGCUGGAAAGUGGGAAGUUCAAAGGGAACUAUUAUGGCACACCUCGGCCAGUUCACAUCGGACCAGACAGCCCCCCCAUUACGUACCAAGAACAUCGAAACCUUCUGCGGAACUUCCGCACCCGCAGCAAAUCCCUCAGCAACCUGGAGAAGGCUGUAGAAGAAGGAGACAAUAGUGAGGAAGACUCCGGUCUGUCAGCGGGGUCUGCAGGAGCCAGCAGUGCCCCUCCCACCACAAUUGUCUCACCUAAUCAGACUUGGGACUCAGGAGGCGGGCGGGAUGGAGGGGUUGCCAUGGAGAAUGGUGCACGUGGAGGGGCAUUGCCUGAAAAUUGGGAGCUGGCGUUCAGUGACGCGGGAGAACCCUAUUACAUCAACCAUAACUCAAAGACCACAAGCUGGCUGGAUCCUCGGACUCAGGGCAAAGAGAUUUUCAGCAAGACUGAGUUACCUGCGUUCACAGAUCAACCAUCCGACCUGAAGGGCUAUUCCAUACACACCCGCCUGUCGAAAGGGCCUCGUGGGUUUGGCUUUAAUAUUGUGGGUGGCAGCAGACCGAGAGAGUUCCUACAGGUGUACAGCGUCACACCUGGAGGUCCAUCUGCACUAAAAACAGCUGACAUCCUGGUGUACAUCAAUGACACAUGCGUGCUGGGUCUGUCCCAUAAAGAAGUGGUAGAAAUGCUAAAAUCCGUCCCCAUGGGUCAAAGUGUAGACGUGGUUCUCCGUCGAGGUUACCCCAUGCUUUACAAACCCGAUGGCUGCCCCAAAACCAGCCUUGCUUCACCCUCUGAUCCAAAAAGCUCAAACCCUGCUGCCCCUGGCUAUGCUCAAACCCAGUCGCAACAUCCCGAUGUUCACCAGUCUGGUCUGGUGAACAUCAACCGCUCCAUGUCUCACCACAACAACUUCUACCCCCGCAUGCAGAAAGAGUCUCUGGAUGCUAAUGGCAACACAGCACCGCAAACUUCCUAUUCGAUGGCCAAUGGAAACGGAGUGGGAGGGACUGUAGGGUUGGGGGCAGUGCCUUCAUCAAAUGCCCCUCCCUCGUCAGACAGAAUGAGCUCCAGUCACAGCGAUACGGAGGUCAGCUCUGUUGUCACGCGCAGGGCAUCCCUCGUCCGAAGCUACAACAACAACUCUCUUCCGGCUCCCUCUCACGGUCAUCACAGUUCCAAGUCUUCCGACAGCGAUAACUCCUCUGUCGCGCUACCUCUACCCCAGCCUGAAGUGGGUCAGACCGUCCCACUACCAGGGGCCCCUGGCACCCAGCGACCUCCCAUGCCCCAAACAUCUCUUGCCGUUGUACCUCCAACUGAGCUCCCACCCUGCGGUUUUAACGGGUGUCCAGCCAACAACCCCCCGCGACCUCAUCCAGGGGGCCUAGGGUCCCCCGGAGCCCCGGGUGGGGUAGGGUGCAGAGGAGGUGGUGAGCUGGUACCCGUGGCCUUGGGCAGGAGCGAAGGAGGGGGUAUGGGUUUUAGCGUGACGGCUGGGGGGCAGGGAGGGCAGCUUGCGGUGGUGAAAAGAGUCUGGGACAGGCGGCAGUGCCCCUCCCUACAGCCAGGGGACGCCAUUAUCAAAAUCAAUGGCGCAGAUGUACAGAGCCUUAGCUUCGCACAGGUGCAGCGGGUGCUACAAGAACAUACCAAACAGGGUGAGGUGGUAUUACUGGUUUACAGAGGAGGUCCUCUUUGUUCACCUGGUUCUCCGAAUGCAUAUAAGAGAACUCCUCCCUCACUGGGCACCCCUGAUCUGACCUCGCCGUCCUCUGAUGGUGCUGUACCCAGCCAGAGCACCCUCUCACCCUCCUCGCCCUCUGGUGACCUUCCCAACCUGGUCCAGAGCACCAGCUUCCUGGACUCAGUGCCUGUCACGCUAACGUUAGAGCCCCGGGACUGGUUGGGAGUCGAGGAUGGAACUGGUCACUGGGGCCAAAACGCGGUUUUGAACCUUGGAGCCGUGUCCAAAAGCCACACCGAAGGGAGGGCAGCAGCUUCUUCCAAAGCGAUGGAAGUGGAGCUGAGACGAAGAACGGGGGAAGGAUUCGGUUUUGUUGUCGCCUCCCAAGAUGUAGUGAAUGGAUCCUCGUCUCUGGUGUGUCACAGGUUCGUGACAGUGCGUCGAGGGAGCCCAGCGGCACGCAGUGGUCAGAUCCAGCCUGGGGAUCAGUUGGAGGCUGUUGAGGGUCGAUCAGUGGUCACCCUGCCUCACAGAGAGCUCGCACAGAUCCUGCGCCGAGCGGGAAACACGCUUAGACUCACCAUUAUACCGCGCUCAAACACUAACAAUAAUCUGCCUGAGUACACUGACUUUGAUGCUGAGAACCAGUCAAAAAAAGCUCAUCGAUCCAAACAGAAGGAUUCCCAUUACUACAGUGUGGAUCUAGAUAGGGGCCCAACAGGAUUUGGUUUUAGCCUGAGAGGUGGAAGUGAAUAUAACAUGGGUCUCUAUGUGCUUGGCUUGAUGGAGGGCGGUCCAGCCUCUCGGAGUCAGAAAAUACAGGUGAGUGAUCAGCUCAUUGAGAUUAAUGGAGACAGCACAUCCGGAAUGACACACAGCCAGGCCGUCGAACAAAUUCGGAAGGGUGGAAACCGGAUACACCUCAUACUGAAGAAAGGCAAUGGAUACGUGCCGGAUUACGACCAUGAAGCUGGGGUCACCUCCCCCUCCUCCCUUUUCUCUGAAGAGGCUCGUGCGUCCUCACCAGAUCAUGGUCCUUCAAGGAGCAGCAGACGGGUGGAUGACAGUGAUCAUGAGAAGAGAAGAGAGAGGAGGGGAAAGAGAAGGAGCGAAACAGGAGGAAGAAGAGGAUCGGAGGAGCGCAGAGGAGCAUCUGAUAGCGAACGGGGCUGGGCGGACGUCAGCGCGGCAGGCGGUUCCCGGACAAAAGGAAGCAGGGGAGAGCAACAGAUACGUUCACGUAGUUUACCUAGCACAGCGAGGGGCCAAGAGGGAGGACGGAGGAAUGAAGACGAGGAUGGAGCGCAAGAAGAACGACGAAGGGCAGGACGAAAGGUAAAAGAUGGGAAAGAGAGAGAAAGCGCCGUAAGAGAAAAACAAGACAAGAAAAAGACCAGGAAGCCGGAGGUCACGCAUCGGUCGCCGUUCUCCUUCCUCAUGCCUUUAGACAAUGACGACGACGGGUCGGGUGCAGAAUCAGCUCGUAGCUUCUCUGAAGUCAGUGUUUCUGCAGCCAGCAUCUCGUUUUCGGGGACUCUGUGGGCCCCGGAGCACGUCAGCCCUCUAUGGGCCCCUGGAUCUUCAACUACAGCACCGGGACCCUGGCUAGUCCCCGGCUCUCACAAACUCUCUCAGGUUUCAGAGGGAAAAAGGCUGAGCCGGAACAAGGGAGGACUAUGGUCCUAAUGCUAUUUCCCUUGAAAGAAUAGAUCACCUAAAAAAUGAAAAUUCUGUCAUUAUUUAGCCAUCCUCAUGUUGCUCCAAACCAGUGAAACGGGAAAACUUAAAUGUGGAAAAAUUGUUCCGAUAGCUCUUUUCCGUUCAAUUAAAAUGAAUGGGGAUUAAAGACUUUAACUUCUAAUGCAGGGUUCACACCAGACGCGGCAAGCGCGAGUGAUUUACAUGUUAAGUCAAUGCAAAGACGCAAUUAGGCAUCCUGCGGCGCGGUACAUUCGGAACGCGCGGCGCGAUUGCCGCGGAACGCGCAAAUGAAGCGAGUGAACUCAAAUGUUCAAGCAUCCAACUACGCACGAAUAGCGCGUUUUUGCUGCCUCUACCGCGGCUAGUGGGAAUGCACCAUAAUGUUGCGUUUACACCAGCCGCGUUUGAGGCGUCAAAAUUUUGUCUACCGCGCCUAGUUUGCCGCUUGAACAGUUUGAGUGUACUCGCUUCAUUCGCGCGGCGUGAAUGGCGCGGAACGCACGAAUGAAGCGAGUGAACUCAAAUGUUCAAGCGUCCAACUACGUGCGAAUAGCGCGUUUUUGCCGCCUCUACCACGGCUGGUGGGAAUGCACCAUAAUGUUGCGUUUACACAAGCAGCGCUUGAGGCAAAAUCGCGUCUACCGCGCCUAGUUUGAGUGUACUCGCUUCAUUCGCGCGUGAAAUUCUAGUCAUCGAGACAUUCACGCGGAAAUUUGCGUCAUGGAAGGGGCUUCUGCGACUCUGCUCUUGUUCUGUAAUCGCAUCACUAAUAAAGCAAGCGCAGUGCGUUUUCCGCCAAAGUUCAAAUUUUUCAACUCAAUUAGCGACAUUCGCGCGAACUAGACGCUUGAAUGAGGCGGAAUCGUGUCUACCGCGACGCACUAAACACCUCAUUCGCACCGCAAGACCUCCAUUGACUUAAAAUUUAAAUCACUUGCGCUUGACGCCUCUACCGCGGCUGGUGUAAACGCAGCAUAAGAGUUACAAAAGUAUUCCAUAUACACACUAAAUUUCAUGUUUAUUAAAACUGUAGAUUUAUGUAAGCAACAUCCUGAAAUUUAAGGAUCAAUGUCAACCAGAUCAAUGAGAUUAACAAUGGUUUUGUGAAAUGCUUUGUUUCAUCAUUUACAGAUCAGACAUCACUACUACUCUCAUCAUUUAUACUGAACGUGCCAAAGAGAGCUAGUGCGGAUGUCAAGAUUUUUAAGUGGACAAGGACUUAAAUUUUAUUAUGUAAUGGAAUUAAAAUGAAAUAUAGACAUAUAUGUUGUAUGGGCUACUUUUGCAUCCAUGUUGAAAGCCUCUGACCGGUGAACUGCAUGGAAAAGAGCGACCGGUACUCAAAAUCCUUCUUUUGGGUUUAAUGAAGGAAAUUGAUACAAGUUUGGAAAGACAUGAUGGUGAAUAAAUAAUGACAGAUUAGGAUUUUUGGUUGAACUAUUCCUUGAUCUCUCUCUUCUCUCUCACAUACACACAUGCACGCACAUAUGCCUACACAGCCUGUGUCUCAUUUAUACAGUCUCUGUCUCUAUAUCUGUGGGUUUUCAUUACAUCGCCAUCAUCUCAUCAGUCCCUCCUCCAUCCUUAAUUCACAUCUGUGUAGUAUUGGUACCGUUAAGAGACCAAAGGAAGUUCAGAUACUGCAGUGGUCUCCCACUCAUGCCAAUCAAAACUUUAUCGCCAUCUAGGGGCCAAGGAGAGAAAAGCUGCCAUCAUGGCUAGCUUAAAUGUAACUGCAAGGUCAGUUUAAAAUCCAUAGUGUCCUUCAUAGCAUGUUUAUUCGUCAUGUCAUUUUAAUUUUUAUAGUAUCCAUUUAUUUUCAUAAGAAUGCAAGAAAAUUCUAUUAUAAAAAAUUUAAAGUUUAUUUACGACAGGGUUGCUCAAUUCUGCUCUUAAGGAUAUACCUUUUCGGAACUUUUCUAUGUGCGGAAGUGAGCGACCCUUGAUUUAAGAGAUUUUAUUAGCUGCUUGCUGUAUGUGACUGGACUGUAACCCCUCCCCUCCUGUGUGCGGUGGUCUUGCAGUUGAAAGAGGAGGGAAGGAAGAUAACCGAACUAAAGUUUUAUUAUAAGGCCAGCGAGCCGUAUCAAACCUCUCCAGGUGCCUUCUGCUUCUUUAGCCAGUGUUUACCAAAAAAAAAAGAGAGAUACUAAUAAACAAGUUAAAGAACAUAAGACGUAGCAUAGUAGAAAGUGUGCAACACCAUACUGUUCUGCCUCUUUACCAUCUAUAUCUUUGCAAGACUUGGUUCACAAGUUGGGGAAAUGUUCUGCACACGCUCUGCGAAACUUCAGCUAAGUGAGUCAAAGUGAACGAGAGCCAUUACAAGUGCCUCAUGCGAAAUUCCUUUAUACGAGACAUAGACUUCCCUCAAGCUCAGAAUCAGGACCCAAAGUUAUGAUUUUUUUCCAUCGUGAUAUGUAUGCUUUCUGAUUUAAUACUUCAGACCCAUUUCAUUGCCCUCGACAUUUCAGAAAAAGAAAAUUUCGAAAAAGCGAUCGGUCCUCACGCCCUCCGCCAAUCAGCAUCGAGCAUCAUGCGGAAUCUUCAUUUCAGGAGACAAAAAAAGGACAAAAGAAUAAAGGGCAUUUUGAUACAUGCUUCUAUGCAUUUUGUAAGACUUACUGGUCAAAAAUUGUGGUAGGAUUUUUCUACCUGAGAUAUGAGAUUCGUAAUUUUGUGUACUAUUAAAUACACAUGCAGGUUGGCGAGUUGAAUCCCGAAAAAAUUCAAGGGAAGGCUUUCUGAGAUCCAGUGAUAAUCAGACAUGCUGUACCACCAGCUUAUGCAUUGAUCUUUACCUCAGAACUGCCUGAGCAAUAAGUGCUAUCUCUUUCUGUUGUUUCACACCCAGCAAAGCUCUAUAUUGACAGGCUCAUUGUUGGAAAUACGCACAGUAAUAUCAUUUGUGAUGAAUGAAAUGCAACGCUAUUUGGCUCAAAUUUUAACAAAUUGUAUCACUGGGUGAUCUUACUGUGCUGUAACAUAUCAAUAAAUGCUUACAUAGAAGAUCACACACACGAGUUAUGUUGCCAUAUUACACAGCCUGUAAGCAUUUAGCAACUUGCGGUUUGAAAAGGUGAUACAAUGAUCUGUUUGUACACGUUAAAUCAGGUUUCUUACAUGCGUAUUACACAGAAGAGGUUAAAUCUGAAGUUCACUGCUCUCAGAAUCCUCAUCCAGCCUGUUGACUUUGUACCUGAUUAUCCCCUUUGUGUAAGAACUAUACGCCUUGUAAAUGUCUUUUUUUUUUUUUGUUGAUGGGGGAUGAUAUGUUUUCAAAAUGUUAAUAUUGUAGCAUUGCCCUUAUUGUAGCAGAUUUCGCUUACUGUACAUAAUAAUAGACCCUGCACAUUUUUAACAGAACCCCAAAUGUGUCACAUAUCAGAAAUAUACAGCACUGUCAACCUUCACGCCAGUAGUGUGGUCUCUGUCCCGAGACACGUGCUGCGUUUUAAACAAGAUGCCCACUGGCUUGGCAAGAAGCUUGAUUUAUAUAAAAUAUAAUUCUUAUAAUUAUUAAAUCUUGCAUGUUUGUAGUGAAUAUACUAUUGUAAUAGCAUUGGCCCUUACAAUCCCCUAAUGGCAUGAUACUUUAUUUUUACAAGCCACUGACAGGAACAAACCAGCCCGGGGUCAUCUUUUGCUGGUUUGUAAUUAUUAAUAAUAACAUAAUAGAAUCUGAUCUGACAGGUUUACUGCCCCCUACUGCCCAUUGUGUUUUUCACAUGCUGUGGGCUUUACAGUAGCUUGUUAGCUAAUGGUCCUCUUUCUUUAUCACUUAAAAAGAAAGAUUUAGACACAUAAAUCACAAUGUAGUCCACACGAAAACAAACAGCAUGCCCAACAAAUAUGCCCCUAUCCCAAUAGGUUUCCUUUGCUGGAGACAGUGUAGACCCUUGGAUGUUCUGUAGGAUUUAACGUCAGAGAAGUAGUCUCGCAAAUGAGCCAUACUCCGAGCCAACCGAUAUAUUAAUACAACGAUGCAAUGUUUUUUUAUAACAAUGUAAGGUUACUAGCUGUGCAAAUGUGCCAUUUAAAUGCUAUUCAAUGAUGUCAUACUCUUUCCCUCUGCUGAGAAAAAUACAGAUGGGUCUUUGUCCCACUGAGUUUGACAGUUUUGAAAUGUCAAAACGUGAAUGGAGUGUUUCAGCUUUGAAUUUUCAACUUGAAUUUGCUAUAUUGGCCUUGUAAGGAGUUAGCCAUUGUACAGAACAAGAAGAGUUUUACUCGCAAAGAGGAACAAUGAGAAUGUUAAAGUCGUAGUUCACCCCAAAAUGAAAAUUGUCUGUUGUCUAGUAUGACCUCUUUUCUUUUGGGGAGCACAAAAGGAGUUAUUUAUAGCAGAAUUUCAAGUGGAUGUAAAUGGUGGUUAUACCUGUCAUGCAGGAUUAUUACUGAAUAAUUACUUAAACUUCAGUCUGUACCUUACACAAAAGCUACUGUAUCAUAUGGAGACUUGUAAUUCAAUGCACAACUCAUAUGGACUAUGUUUAUAAUACUUUUUAAAGGAUAGUUUACCAAAAAAUGUCAUUAUUUACUUACCUUCGUGUUGUUCACAACCUGUGUAAGUUUCUUUAUUUACUGAACAUAAAAGAUGUUUUGAUAAAUAAGUAACCACAAAGUUGACAGUACACUUUGACUUCCAUAGUGGGAAAACUGUGUGGUUACCAUCUAUGGUCAAAAUAUAUUCUUUUGUAUUCCUUUAAAGAGACGCAUAAAGGUUUUGAACAAUGGGAGGGUGAGUAAAUAAUGACAGAAUUUUCAUUUUUUUGGGUAAACUAUUCCUUUAAAAGAUUAGUCAAUUUAAAUUAAAAUCCAGAUAAUUUACUCACCACCAUGUCAUUCAAAAUGUUGAUGUCAUUCUUUGUUCAGUCGAGAAGAAAUUAUGUUUUUUGAGGAAAACAUUCCAGGAUUUUCUCAUUUUAAUGGACUUUAAUGGACCCCAACACUUAACAGUUUUAAUGCAGUUAAAAAUUGCCGUUUCAAAGAACUCUAAACGAUCUCAAACGAGGCAUAAGGGUCUUAUCUAGCGAAACGAUUGUCAUUUUUGACAAGAAAAAUAAAAAAUAUGCACUUUUAAACCACAACUUCUCGUCUUUCUCCGGACCUGACGCACCAGCGCGACCUAUUGUAAUACGUCAUCACGUCAAGAGGUCACGGAUGACGAAUGCGUAAACCAGUGUUUGCAAGUGUGGAGAAAGAGGACCGUUCCGACGUUGUUGUAUGUCAAAUGAUACUAAUUAAUGUAUUUGUGUCAGUUUAUUGUUUAAAAUGGUCCGCAAAUGUGCGUUUCAUAUAUGCUGCACGUGACCUUUCCAUGGCAUUGCGCAAUUACGUGAGGUCGCGCUGGCACGUCACAGGACUGGAGAUAGACAAGAAGUUGUGGUUUAAAAGUGCAUUUUUUAUUGUCAAAAAUGACAAUCGUUUCGGUAGAUAAGACCCUUAUGCCUCGUUUGGAAUCAUUUAGAGUCCUUUGAAACUGCAAUUUUAAACUGCAUUAAAACUGUUACGUGUUGGGGUCCAUUAAAGUCCAUUAAAAUGAAAAAAAUCCGGGAUGACAUGGUGGUGAGUAAAUUAUCUGGAUUUUUUUUUUAAAGAAAAUGGACUAAUCCUUUAAGCUUGAAGGCAACUGGUUUCCAUUGACUUCUAUUGUAUGUUUUAAAGCUGAUUGGACAGUCUGCUAAAACACUCCUUUAGUGUUCACCGAAGAAUGAAAGGCAUACAAAAGAUGUUUGAUUUACAUGAGGGUGAAUAAACAAAGGCAGAAUUAUCAUUUUUGGGUGAACUUGUUACCUUUAAAGUUAAACAAUGAGUCAAACAAGCACGGCCCACAAAAAUGAAACCAGAGGACAUUUUGUCAUGUAAAGGGAGUAACCGUUGCAUCAGGAGAGAACAGAGUUUUACCACAAUGAGACAGACGUCCAAUCUGAAUUAUUUCUUCCCAUUGGCAGUCAUUGUUUUGCUUUUCCCCAUCCAGUUCAUAUGGAGAUCACCACCCACAAGUCAGGGUGUUAAAACAAUGACCAAUGCAAGUGUUCAGAUGGGGCUAAAAUCAUUCUGUCAGCUCCUGUGUAAGCCGGUCCUACUACCUUUACAACAUAAUCGUCCUCUUCUUCAUUUCAACUUUGUAGCGUGGACCGGAACCUAAAGUAUAGACAAUGAGGAAGCAGGCAGCGUUGUGUUGCAAAUUUUUACCUGCCAGGUCUGCUGAAGCGAUUUCCCCCGAGACCUCGAGCCGUACGAGUAGCCGUUAUUUUAGUGGCGCCCUCUGCAGGGAAGAUGCUGAGUGAGUGUGUAAAUAGCCGUCCGUAUGGGGACACCUUGAACACAGAUGUACAGGUUUUUAAUUGUUGCUCUUGAUAUGUAUGAAGAUACUGUAUUGUUUUUGAAUGCAUCAACAGGGAGUUUUGAAUUAUGAAUAAUGACAUGCAGUUACAGAAAUAAAACAAAUAAAAUUGAUUAAAAGA